CAGGAGAGCAAGCCAGAGAUAUCGCGAGAGAAAAGUCGAAGACAUAUCGUGAAAAUUAUGGCGCGUCUGAGAGUGGAGGUGAGUGUUUGGAUUCUUGUGCUUAUUUGCACAGUGGCGGCCGCUGAGGACAAGGCGCAGCAAAUCGUCAUAAAACCAGCUCAAGUGCACAGAACGCAGCUCAAGGUGUCGCGGAGUCUCAAUCCAGAUGACAUGGAGACGAUCAAUGUGCGAUCCAACAAUGGUGGCGUGGCGACGAUCAUCGUGAAGAAGCGCGAUGGCAAGAGCACCAACAUUCCGCCGCAGAGUACAAAUGGAGAAAUUGGGCUGAGUCGCGAAGAGGCCAGGCGGCGAUACUACGCUACGGCAGGUCACUCGACGAUCCUGCGGAAGGUGCCUGAGUCUCAGACUGCGGAGUCCAGCGACCAGGCCAGGUGGGCCACGUCGCCCCGGUCAGAGCUCCUGCUCAAGUCCGGGACGUACAGAUUCUCUCAGCCAACCACAGUGCAGGAGGAGGGAAAGCUCAACAUGAUCAACUCUUUCAUCAAGCACGUGGGCACCAUGGAACCACCGUCCGCUGGACCAACUGACGUGUCCAAGAACAAUGACCGUGACGCCGUGCACAUCUCAAUCCUCAGCAGCAAAACGCUGAAUAAGGCCCGCAAAGUGCCCACUCCCGUGUUCAUAAGCUCAGAGCCAGUGUAUGUGAAAGACUCCGCCGCCAAAGUGAAACGUGGUCGAUCAAUGAUCGAGGUCGGUGAAGACGGAAUUUCAGUGGUGCACGGAAUCAGGAUGCCUGACGAUGAAGUGGAUAAAGUUAAAACGUGGCGCAAUGCUCGAGUGAUAAAUGGUGAAUUACAGCCCUACGAGAAGGGUUAUAAGCCUCCACGAGCGGAUGCUUUCGACAUCGGUCAGUUAGUCUACGCGCAGACUGAGAGCGUAGACGAGGAGCGUCGUCGCAGCAUCGGGCCCUUCUCGACGGCAGACAAUUACUACCACAACUCCGAUCCGGAAACCAAGCCCAAGAGUAUUGGGCCAUUCACGGUGAAGGACAAUCUCAAGGGUGAUUCGAAGAUCUACCAAUUUCGCACUAAGAUCCCCAGCGAGAAGAUCAAUCGCCAGCUGCCUUCCAGAGGCAUAGGACCUUUCACUGUCACCGACAACUCGCGCGUGGCCAACUCGAAGCUCAUUGAGUACAUCAAGAGGAUCAAUGAGCACGAGCAGAGGAGAGACUAUUUCGCAGGCAAAGCCAUUAGGUUUCCAGGCGAUAGCAGCCAAGCGGACACACACUCGAUCCAGAGGCGAAUGCUCACCAGUCAGAGGAACACCAUCUUCCCCGUGAGUCAGUUGUACUUGCCAAAAAAUCGCUCCAGUGAGAGCGACAGAUCCCCAGUCUUGGAAUACGCUCAUCCCGAAUUCGGAGUUCAAGCGGCCAAGUCCGUUCCGGUUCAAGAUAAGCCAGUCAAGGUGAAUUACUACACUAAGGACAUCCACAGUGAUCGCUCGCCUUAUGCCAUAGAACCAGCUAUGAACACGGAUUACUACUACAGUGAUUACGAGAAGAAUGGCAAGUUUGGCCACGUGCCCUUUGGCGAUUACGGAUCGUACAUGCACGGAAAGCCCGCCACAUAUCCCUACACAUAUGGCUACCUGAGGAAAGUCAAGGAACAGCCCUUUUGGAUGAAGAUCACCGAGCAGAUGAGAAACACGUUCCAGAACAGUUUCUCGACUGUGCAACAAAUGACGAAACCAGUCAUUGAUCCUCUGGUCGAGGCGGGUCAGAAGAUCUCGCAGAACCUCGGGUUCGGCCAUGGAAAUCCGUCCAAGCAAGAGGCACAGGACAAGGUGGGAAUUGUCGCACCAGCGGGAAUUGGGGGAUCAGCCCUCCUGCCAGCUUUAGGCCUGAUGGCCAGCGGAGCAGCUCUGAGCCUGGGUGCUUUAGCCAUGGGGAGGUUUCUAGACGUAAAUCUCCUGAGGAGGUCAGAGGAUGGAAGCCCUAUUCUGGAGCACAAAGGCCUGCCAGAUGGCGGAUACUACGUGCUGGUGGAGGAGCCCUCAGAUCACAGUGAGGGAGUGCACAGCAUCCACAAGAGAUCGAUCGGCUCCAGCGAAGAGGAAUCUCUGGGGAGUUUGCUACAGAGUGUCGAGAGCGAGCUGCCGUCACGGUCGAGGAAUCGCUUCGAGGCACAAAUACGUGAGACAAACUGGAGUAAUCCCCAGUGUGCCAAGAAGGUGUUUUGUGAGGUGAUGACCAAGCAAAAGCCAGACGAUAUCAUACUCAUGGAGAAGAAGAUGGAAACACUGCUGAAAAUGAUGCAUCCAAGUUUGGGGACGAACCUCUCGAAACACUUGUCUGAAGUGACUGAUGCCAUCCGUCGAAGGGACUGUACAGCGUUUAACUGCUAAGGAGAUAGUGCGUGAUCGCGGAUCACAAGGACACAGUAUAACAUCACAUCCAGUUGCAACGAAGAGUGGAGCGAGAUG